CUGGCGGAAGCCGAAUAAAUACAUCAUGGCUGAAAAUGCGCCUCCUACCGCCGCGACCGGAAACGCGCCGUCAGACGCGUCGCGAGGCAUGCCAUACUACGAGCGGCUGCGACGGGAUCUCAGAGACUCUCUUAACAAGAAACGCCAGCUAGAUAACAGUCUGGAGACACUCGAGACUAAUAUUUCCCGUGCCGAAACCACCUACCUGGAAGAAACAAGCGCUGGCAACAUCAUCAAGGGCUUUGAUAAUUACAUCAAGGGCGCUGCGGUGACGACAACAGCAGGAGGCGCAGGCACGGCAGCAAGAAGAAAGGCUACAAUCAGCGACGCAGACAGGAUAUUCAGCCAGAGCUCGAGAAGCGUCCCCAAGGAAGCGACUACGCCGAACUCGACGCAGACGACGCCGUCGCAUGCACCAACUCCAACCUCAUCUUUUCCCACUCGCGAAUCAAGCCAGCCCACUUCCAACGGCACAAACAAAGCUGGUACAGGUAGCAAGAAGAAGAAGGCUGGGGAUGACGAUGAUGCCGACAACAGGCUAGCAAAGCGAAACAAGAUUUCCUAUGCCGCCAGAGAGUGAAAAGGAUAUAGUAUGCUGUGGUCAUGGGACGAUAUUGUCCGCCUGUACAAUGGAUUGCGAUACAAUGCUUGCAAAUGGAUUGUGGCAAGAGUAGAUCGGCAGAGGAAAAGCUGCUUCUCCAGCAGUGCCUCAUUGCAAAGUGAAUCGAAGAUGUCGUCCCUAGAAGAUGCAAUUUUCGACUAUCGAAAUUCUUUGGACGCGAAAUAGGUGGAACCACGAAUGCUCUUGAGGCAGCGGCGGCAGUAAGACAUUCUCCCCCAUCCGU